CUUUGUCUCCCCCUUCUGUGCAACAAUGACCAAUUCCUCCGAUCAGCUGGAGGAAAUCAAAGCCCUCAUUUCCUCGGGCGCAAGAGCCAACAAAUGCUUCGCUUUCUCAACCCUCUUACACUUCCAAGAACAGUCCAGCGACUGUCCUGCUUCGAUUCAAGCCCUUGUUGGAAGUUCUCAGACUCUUUUAUCUUUACUCGUCGCUGAUAUCUCAGACGAAGACGAAGAAGUUGCUGCACAGGCUUUGAAGUGUUUGGGUUUCAUGAUCUAUCAUCCGUCCCUUGUUACUGCAAUUGCAGUGGAUGAUGCUGGUUUGGUCCUAGAGUCGAUAGUUAAACUCAUUACAACAACGAAAAUGAAGUCAGUUUGUAAUUUAGGAGUGUGGUGCAUAUCUAUCCAACAGUUCAAUGCACCACUUCUAGAUUUCCACUACAAUUCACUGUUGCAGGCGGUUGUUCAUGCCCUUGACAAUCCUAUUGGUUCUUUAUCGAUAACUUUUGAGGCUAUCCAGGCAGUGAUGAAGUUAUCAGCUCAAUUAAGUGAGAAGAUGAGAGACUCCUCGCAUAUAUGGGCUCCUCCAAUAUAUAGAAGACUUCUCAGCUUUGACAAGAGGGAUAGGGAUAUGUCAGAAAGGUGUCUGUUGAAGAUUAAGUCUACAAUAUUACCUCCUCCACUAGUUCUCUCAAAGGUACUUGUCAAAGAUAUGAAGCAAAUAUUGCUCACUAAGAUGAAGGAGCUGCUAAACCAGGGUAUGAAGGUUCAAACUAUUCAUGCAUGGGGAUGGUUUAUUCGCUUACUAGGAUCUCAUGCAACAAAGAACAGAUCUUUAAUAAAUGAAAUGCUGAAAAUUCCUGAACAUACAUUUUCAGAUCUCAACCCACAAGUUCAGAUUGCUUCACAGGUUGCUUGGGAAGGUCUUAUUGAUGCUCUUAUUCAUCCUCCAGUAGUAUCUUGUGAGAUAGAUGCAGCUAAGGAGGAGAAUGGUGUACAACAGGUGCAAACGUCUGGAGAGAACAGUGGUGAAAUCCAGGCAAACGGAUUCUCAAAAAGCAUAAAGCUUGUAAUGACUCCUCUUAUAGGCAUCAUGUUGAGUAAAUGUGAUAUAUCUGUUCACUCAUCCUGCUUGAACACGUGGUGUUGUCUGCUGCAUAAACUUGAUACCUCUGUCAAUGAUCCAUCAGUGAUAAAACUGGUGUUAGAGCCUAUCUUUGAAGCUGUUUUUCUCAUUGGUCCUGGUAGUAAGAGCAUGAGAUUAUGGAAACUGUGCCUAGAUCUACUUGAUGAUUUUAUUUUAGCAAAAUGUAGAGAUGUGGAAUAUGAUGCAGAUAACCUUGCAAGCCAUCAUUUAUCAGCUAGAACCUCCAUUCUUGGACCUUAUACACCUGGCCAAUUCUCAUCGAAGCAGUACUCUGUUAAAUGGUUGCCUUGGGAUAUUUGUCAGUUGGACUUCCAUUUAAAGAUGAUUUGUAUUCUUGUCAAUCAAGCAUCAAUCGCAACUGUCACAUAUGAACAUAGAAGAUUAUCAUGUGAUGCUGCUUUGGCGCUAUUUACAUCUGUUUUAAAAGGGGUUCAAUUGGAGUUGAGAAAGCCAUCCACUAACUAUGAUGACAUUAUGUUAUGUUUGGGUGCAGUAUUAAGAUUCAUAAAGAAGAUAUGCGAAGAUGUAAGUUCAGAAGGAAGUGAUAGUAAUGACUUGCAUCAUUCUUCCCUUCGGUUUAUAGAGGCUGUCAGUCAGGAGUUAGAACCUGCUAUAUUGGGAUGCCCUCUUUACAAGGUUCCAUUAGACCAAAAGUACAUUGACAACCUGCAAUCAGUUAAUAUCAUUAGACAUGCAAAAGUUCUGGAUAUCUGCUCUAUUGCUUAUAUGAACAUGGUUUCACCAGUGGUUUAUUUAGUUGCGGUCUACUUUUCUGUGGUGUUGCAGUUAACUAUGAAGACAUCCAACACACAGUUCAUUUUACAGGGAAUGCAUAAAUAUUUCAAAUUUUUAUUCUCUACAUAUGAUCCCGUGGAAAAUCUCCUUGCCACUAUCAGUUUAUUGUAUAAGUGUGUCAGUUCCAACUGCUUAAAUAUAUGGAUGGCAAUAGCCAAAGGUCUGAAAGACUGCAUGGAUGAUGUCAAGGAACUUUUAAUAUUAAGAACGGAGUCUGACAGCACUGUUUACCUUGCGUUAUGCUAUUUCUUAGCCUACCCAUUUUCUGUAUGCUCUUGCCCCCAGAAAAAUUCAACCUCACUGAUUAGUUUCUCCUCGGAAAAGCCUCAUGUUUCACCACUAGGAAAGUUUGAGCUUGAACAUAUUAUUGAAGUGUGGAUGUCACUUUAUGGUUCUCUUAAAGCUUCACAGAAUAAGGGUUCUGCUAUGAACAGUUUCCGUGAGGAUUUGUGUUCAAUGUUAAAUGGCUGCCUUGAUGAAUCUGCUAGCAUGCUUGAGUCUGCCAAUGAUGGUGAUUUAAUUUACAAGGAUCUGGUCCUUGAUCUCCUUUCUUUAUCUGGUGAUAUUGUGAUAUGUCUCCUGGAAGAGAUCUGUACUUCAGAAGUAGGUUCGGAUGAAAGUAGAUGCAACUAUAGUGGUGACUAUAAAAUAUCCAGUGGUAUGAACAGUAGAUUGAGAUUUGCUGCCAGAUAUUUGAAGUUGCUAUGGACAAAUAUAGCAAUAGAUCCCCCAACUGGUCUUGUUGCGACAUUGAGUCCCAGGGUAUUUUCCGCAUUGGCACGCUUUGUCAGUUGUCUUCCCAUUAAGCAAGAUAUCCUCUUGUUCAUUGAGAUAAUUUCUUUUCCACUGCUUCAAUGGCUGUCACAUAUAGAGAAAGUGGAUGAAAGCACCAAAUAUCAACUUCAACUCUUGUGGGGUGAAAUCCUUAAUCGUCUACGAAGCAGUCAGCCACCAAUAAUCUUUGAUUCUGCAUUCCUCGAACUCCAGGCACCUCUUCUCAAAGAAACUCUUGAUCACCCAAAUACCUCCAUUUCAGAGCCUACCAUCACCUUCUGGAAUUCCACUUAUGGCGAACAAGGCAAGUUGGAUUACCCUCAAAGCUUGCUACAUGUGUUGGACAAGCUCUCUAGAAAUGGAAGAAUAAACCUCCACAGGAGAAGCCUACCAUUUCUUGAAAGAUGUCAUUCUAGACUAGGAGUCGACACUGCUGCACAGAGAUACAUGGUGAGUACUGCAAAGCAUAAUAAGAGCUCCAAAAGAGUAGAGUUUGUAGAGGAUACAGUGAAUCAACUUCAGCAUGUUGAGAAGCUGCCUUCAAGGUUAAAAAGGAAAAGGUUGGAACUAACUGAACAUCAAAAGGAAGUGAGACGAGCGCAGCAAGGAAGGGACAGAGACUGUUGUGGGCACGGCCCGGGGAUCCGGACAUAUACUAGUGUUGAUUUUUCGCAGGGGAAUGAGGAUUCACAAGAGAGCCAGGAAAUCCAGAAUCCAGUGUCCUUCUUGGAGAUGUUACAAAAAGCUGCUUAAUUGUUGGAUGAUGCUCCCAAGUUGACCAGUCAUGCUCUAAGGGAGUUCUCUGCCAGCCUUUGUUGUUUUGAUCUUGUUGUAAGUUCUAGUGUAUCAAUUUUUUGUCACCUGUCCCCAAAGGGACUAUUUCAAUGUAUGAAAUAUAUGGUAAUAUCAUGUAUAUUUUGAUCUAUAUAAAAUAUAUAGAAGUAUUUUAUA